CUGUGCAGGUCAUGUAGGCCUUCUCGUCUGUGCAGGUCGAUAUUUCCUGGAAUUAAUGAUUAGUCGCUUUGUUUACUUGUUUAGUGGUAUUCCCGGAAAAGGUGCGAUCAGGCCUUGUCUUGUUUGCACUGCGGCGAUAAGGCAGUCCAUGCAGAGAGUUGGAGUAUCUGAGAGCACGGUCAGAACAGAAGCAACCACCUUGGGUCUCGGGUAAGACAGGUACGGCAACGUGCACAUUGAAAGAUGUCAACGGAUAUGUCGUCCUCGGAUGAGACGGAUGGAGAGCUGGAGGACCAUCAGACUCAUCCCACCAGGUCCCAGGGGCCGGACAUACACAAGUUGGCCAGACAGGGGGAUGUGGUCAGUCUGAAGGAUGCCCUGGAUGAGAGGAGGGACGGACGGACACGUAAGGUUGAUGAAAAAGACGACAAAGGCCUGACUCCCCUGCAGCAUGCGGUCAUGUAUGACAGUCCUGAGGUCGUCAACUACCUGAUCAACACUCGCCCAGCCGAGGGAUUGGAAGCUGCAAACCACCUGGUACAAGAUAAAUAUGGUCUGUCUCUGGCGCACUAUGCUGCAAAGAGCGUCAGAGGAAUAACAAGAAAUGCCCCAGGCACUGUCAACACUUGGGGAAAUGAUGACGAGCAAUAUUCAGCGUCUGUUUCAAGUGAUGAAAGGAGAUCUCAGACUUGUCUGGAGCUACUUGUUCAGAAAGAUGCUAAAGAAAUUAAGCUAAUUUAUAUGAAAGAAGAGGAGCACGGACAGACGCCUCUGCAUUUUGCUGUUAUGUCAGGAAGCAUUGACAGCGUGAAGACACUCAUCAACAAGGAUAGGAACAGUCACAAGAAGCAACUCAUACAUACGAAAGACGACCAAGGCUUGACCCCGAUGCACGUUGCGGCCACGUACCGUCAGCUGGACAUCAUGAAAUAUCUGAUGGACAGAGGAGCCGAGUUCGCAGAACAAGACAAGGACGGGUCGACACCACUGCACUACGCUUGCUCAGCUGGGACAGGAGCUGGUGUUGAAAUGGUUGACCUACUUCUUCAAAGAGCAAACAGCAAGGAGAUGAUGGAAAAGAAGGACACAGGAGGCAAUACGUGUCUGCACAUCGCUACAGAAAACGGACAUGAGGAAAUAGUUCAAAAGCUACUUGAUAAUGGCGCUAACGUUUCGGUUGCCCGCAACGACGGAAUGUAUCCAGUACAUCUUGCAGUUAUAUCGGGAAAUCUGAAGAUUGUAAAAUCUUUCGUUACUAAAACUGAGAGUCACAACCUGGAGAAGAACACCAAGUCAACAACACUUCACCUCGCUGCACAGUACAAUCAGCUGGAGAUUGCACAAUACCUGCUUAAAGAACUGCAUGGCCUAGUGGCCAUGAAAGACGACAACGACAAUACUCCGCUACAUAUAGCUGCCUUAUUCAACCAGUCCCAAAUAGUGAAACUGCUGAUGGAGUAUGGAGGCGAGAUAGACGCUAAGAACCUCAAGGGACGGAUACCGUUACACGGAGCGGCUAAGAUGGGGCACAUUGAAUCCCUGGAUAUCCUGUUGGAUCCUCGUUUGUUGAGACAUGGGAAAGAGUUCAUGAGACUGAAGAAGCGAAACAGGGACAUUAUAGCUCAGAGACUCAAGUGUGCUGCGAAACAAGACAGUAACUACGAGGACUCUCAGGCACGGGGAGCUAUUGAAGACAUCAGGGGCACAUUGGAACACGAGGCUAAGACUGUCCAUGACAGGAUUCCAUCCCAUAGGAUCUAUCGAAUCGUACAAGCCCUCAAGGCUGCAAAUAGGUUUAAAACCGUGGACAAACCCACCAACUCCUCAAGGACAUCCAAGGUUGAACCUGCAGACAUACAGACUAAAAACGACGUUCAGCGUACUGCACCUAAGAAACAAGACGAUAAGAAAACUCAGACUAAAAACGACGUUCAGCGUACCGCACCUAAGAAACAAGACGACGGGAAAACUCAGCAGGUGCCCGCUGACCUGGACAAGGACUCAGUACUUGACGUUGAUGUGUUCCUGAAACUGGUCUACACAGACAACAUCAUCAACACAGAGGACAACUUCGGCAACACCGCCCUGCAUCUUGCAGCACAGAAUGGACACACAGACUUUGUGCAGAAAAUGCUGCUGAAACAUAAAGUUGAACAUGGGCGGAAAAACGACACUGAAAAGACAGCUCUACAUCUCGCAGCAGAAAAAGGACACUCAAAGACUGUGGAGGUGAUUGUGAAGGUGGACAAGCGAGGAGUGUUUGCAGAAGACCAAUGGCGCAACUCCCCUCUACACUUGGCAGUGAAGGGCGGUCACAUUGAAACUGCUGAAAUUCUCAUCAAGAAUGGGGCGGACAUUAACCAAAUGAACUUGGACAAAAUGACCCCUCUGGACCUGGCGGCACAACACGGCGAGGUUGAGAUCUGCGACUUGCUGGUCAAACUGGAGUCACAGUCGUGGCUGGGGAAACACGAGGAUAUCUGUCCACUCCAUCUGGCCUGCAUCAAAGGUCAUCUCAAGGUGGUCAAGCUGCUGCUUCAAAAGCCGGCGGACGUGAUGCAAAAGAACAACGACAAGGACAAGGGGCUCAACUGUCUCGAUCUGGCCGUCAAAUACGGGCACAAAGAUGUCGCCCGGUACAUCGUGAGACACAAGUAUUGGGAAGAUGCCUUAAGGAACCAUGUUAGUAUCAAGAAGAAAAACAACAAGAUGUCCAGGAAGAUAGUCACACCAAUGCGAAGAAUGAUCCGUGACAUGCCAGACUUGGCGUACGAGGUGCUAGAAAGAUGUACAGAAACCGUAGUCAACAGUGAAACAGGAAAGGAGGAAAAAAAGUACAACUUCGAAUUCGUUGACGACCUAUAUGAAAACUGGGCAAUUCCAGAUAGAAAGAAGAAGAAACACACUGAGGUUGACCUCGAAAAGAGAAAAGUUCCGUACACCCACAGGGCCAGUGUGAUCAAAAACAACCACCCACUGUCUAUCAUGGUGGAGUGUAACAGGGAUGAGCUGCUGCAGCAUCCUUUGGUCAACAAACUCAUCAAGAGGAAAUGGUGGCAUUUUGGGGCCUACUAUUAUCUGGCUAACUUCGGCGUUCAUCUUUUCUUUGUCAUCCUGCUGACGAGAUACAUGCUCCAGUCCACUCAUCCCCGCGGCUAUACCAAGGCGGUAUCCACAUCAAUCAACGACAACACAUGCUCCAAGGAGGUCAGCUACGGGCUUGUUGUAGAGAAAAUCCUUUUGUAUGUCGUCAUGGGCGUAGGAGCAUUCUUUGAGAUAGUCCAGAUGCUCAACAUGCGGACAGCCUACUUGAGUAAUCUGGAGAGUUACGUUGAGUGGGUCGCCUACAUCUUCACGUUUCUCCUUCUGUUGGAGUUCAGUGAGUGCACCGUAACCACAGGCUACCGACAGGACUGGCAGUGGUCUCUGGGCGCUUUCGCCCUCUUCUUCUCCUGGAUUGACCUGGUGCUAUACCUCAAGGCCUUCACGUCCCUAGGCUUGUAUGUCGUCAUGUUCCAGCUCGUCUGUUGGACGUUUCUCAAGGUGUUUCUGGUGUUCUUCUCACUCCUACUCGCCUUCGCCCUCGGAUUCCACACACUUUUACAAAACCAGGUGCCAUUUAGAGACGUGGCCAACUCCAUCCUGAAAACAGCCGUUAUGUUCGUGGGGGAGAUGGACUAUAAUGACAUCUUCAACGCUGGUCUCAAUGACACCACAGCAACAGACACCACCAACCUGCUGUACCCACCAGCAACAUCCGUCCUCUUCUCCAUCUUCAUUACGCUGGCGUCAAUUGUCCUCAUGAACUUACUGGUCGGUUUGGCUGUGGAUGACAUCAAGGGGACGCUUCUACGAGCAGCCUUCAAGCAGACAGCUAUGCAUAUUGAACUAGUACUGGAUGUGGAGAAGGUUCUAUGGAACUCGCUAAGAGAACUGUUAUACAGAAAGAGAAAUGCGCAAAAGAAGAAGAAGAUGCCGUGGCUAUGGAAAAAGUUUAUGGGCUGUUCGAUAUGGUGGUGGAACCAGCGUAUUGAGAAGGAGGAGAACACGGUGUUGGUAUCUAUUGAUGACGUUGCCCAGCAACAGAGGCGGCUGGAGAGGCUGAUUGUGACGCUGAACAGAGACGUGUUGACACUGCUGAAACACUGUGACCAUGAAAAACCCGGCUAAAUGGAGACGAACAGGAACUAGGAGUGUCAUAGUUUAUACUAAAUAUUGUAUUAAAGAAGUGUAAUCUUACGGAUAUUUUCUUUUCCAAGAAGUAAUACCUACGAUGCCUUCUAUGUAAAGUCGUCGCUACAUGGCUGAAAUAAUGCCAAAGGGGCGUUCAAUUGUAACUCACUCACUUACUCACUCACACACUCACUCACUCACUCACUCACUCACUCACUCACUGCUAGGUAAAGCAGCUGUGUAAAAUGAAAACUGUUGUGCUGAUAUAAGUCAUUUUGUAACAUUUAAUGUAGUUAGUUUAAGCAAGGUUUUGUUAAUAAUGUUUUUUAUUGAAUGCUGAUUAACACCGCCUCCUUUGUUUAAUGGAUAUGGCGUCGUCAGUCCGAUCCCGUGCCCACCCCAUACCAAAAUAUAUUUGAAGAUGGUACUUGUUGUUACCCUGCCUGGCACUCUACAUUAACGGGGGGAAACAAUGACUGUUGGCUCGUAGUCAGUAUACGGUGUCUGAGUGGAUUAUUCAGGUUAAACUGCAGCAUGGUAUCUCAUUGGGAUAACACUAUCAAACCGGCAUAAGUUCGAACCAGCACAAGUAGCAAUAUACGAGUGCAUUACGUCGGUAUAUAAGUGCGAUGGUCUUGAACGCAACGUUAAACUCCUGUUAUUCAUGUUCAUUGAGGCAUACAUAGAAAAAUAAAGGGUGGAAUGAUUAGGGUGUAAGUUCUCUAGCAGGUGUUCUAUAUCAACAAAAAUGUGUAUGUUAAUUUCUCUUGUUGGAAUAAUCACUUUGUGACGCAAAGGAGUGUGGGAUUUGGUUUUUACAGUCUUGAAAGGGUUACAUUUGCUAUCCAGCUAUGUUAAAAUAACCACCAUGGUGUCGCGCAUGUGCGUCCGGUAGCAUCCUAACAAAAUGCCUCUGGCAUGGGUCUAAAUUGGGUGUUUUGAGAAACGUGCCAAUUUUCGUUGUUGUCUAAAAUGUGCAGGUCUUUUGAAGCACUUUGCAGUGACCAAAUGUUUUGAAAUCGUUUGUAAACAUUGAAAGGGUUAGAUUGGCUAUCCAGCUAUGUUUAAAUAACCAUCAUGGUGUCCCGCAUGCGCAUGUGGUCGCUUCCUCACAGAGGCCUCUGACGUCAAUUUGGACACAUUCAAACGGUUGUAUUUCCCUAACGACUACGUCUUAGAAUUAGGAGAGCUUUCAAACGAGCCAUGAUGCUUAAUAAAAUCGCUUAAUAUUUUA